UCAUCUGUUACCGACAAUCACAGCGUUUUUAUACCUGAAACCUUCAUCCUGACCGGCUUCCCCGGUACGGAGGAGUCUCGAGUCUGGCUCGCCGUCCCCUUCUGUCUGAUGUACAUUGUGGCGCUUCUGGGGAACUCUCUGCUCCUGUUCAUCAUAGCGACAGAACGAAGCCUCCAUGAGCCCAUGUACCUUUUCCUCUCCAUGCUGGCUGCUGCUGAUCUGCUGUUGUCAACAAGUACAGUGCCCAAGAUGCUGGCCUUGUUCUGGUUCGGUGCAGGGGAAAUUUCUUUUGCUGCCUGCCUCACCCAGAUGUUCUUCAUCUAUAUCAGUAUUACCUCCGAGUCGGGCAUCCUGCUGGCCAUGGCGUUUGAUCGGUACAUUGCCAUCUGCAACCCCCUGAGAUACACCCCCCUGCUCACCAAGCCUGUGAUCGGGAAGAUCGGGCUGGCGGUUCUCACAAGGAGUGUCGGCGUCUUUUUUCCUUACAUCUUUCUCCUGAAACGGCUGAAGUUCUGCAGAUCCAACCUCCUGCCUCACACCUACUGCCAGGAAUGGGCCAUGGCUCGGCUGGCCUGCAAUGACAUUACACCCAACUUCUGGUAUGGCAUCGCCACGGCUUCUUUAGCAUUUGGCUUAGAUGCUUUGCUCAUCGCUCUGUCUUAUGUGCUGAUCCUCGGGGCCGUCUUCCAUCUCCCAUCCAAGGGCACCCGGCUCAAAGCUCUGCGCACCUGCGGCUCCCACGUCUGUGUCAUCCUGAUGUUCUACACCUCAUCUUUCUUGUCCUAUUUCACAAAGCAAUAUGGGAACAUCAUCCCCGGUUACAUCCUCAACCUCCUGGCCAACAGCCACGUGCUCCUCCCCCCCAUGCUAAACCCCAUCAUUUAUGGGGUGACAACAAAAGAGAUCCUGAGACGGGUGAUCAGAUGGUUUUACUGGCACAAGAGCUAA